ACUGAAUAUUAAGAAUCGUCGUUCUCUCGCAGUCUGUGAAUGCUGUCUAGCUAGGCGGCUCAGUCCGCUUUAAAACACAUCCGGUCUGAUCGGCGGAAUCUCAGUCCUCCUCUUACUUUCCGACACAUGUCUAGUUUCAUAUCAUUUCGCGUUAUUAUGAGUUUAAAGAGGUUUUAUCAUGACGAAAAACACAGUACAUAUAGAAACAGAACGGUAACAUCCGCACAACUUAUUGUUACUCCGCCAUUAUUUGAAUUUAAUGGGGAUUUUAUUCUUGUAAUCGAGUCUCAAUUAUAGAGUAAGGAUAUCACAGCACGCGCGCUGUGUCCAGUGAACCGCUGUCCAUCAAAUCCUCGAUUUCUUUGAGCGAUUUGAAAGGUUCCGCCUGUCGUGUUUCCGCCGGACGUCUGUGUGAGUCGGACCCGAUCAAGAUGUCAGUGGAGCAGGCGAGCGCGAGUGACACCGAGGACAAAUCUCACCUGAUUAAAGGUUUGAUGGGGGUGUUUUUCCUCCCUACUGUAGCCACAGCGGGUAUGAUCGCAGGGUUCGGAUCCACCCUCGCCAUGGCUAAGAAGAAGAGUCCUGACUGGUUUAAUAAGGGUGUAAUAGGAACCGCUGCGGUGCCAGAAAGCGGUGCGUCAUUAGCGUUGCGGGCGUUGGGAUGGGGUUCCCUUUACGCCUGGUGUGGAGUUGGUCUCCUGAGCUUCACCAUUUGGAAGGCUCUAGGCGUCCACAGCCUGAAGGAAUUUCGCCAGAAAAUGCAGUCCAUUUUCCCCUCCGUGCCCAAAAAUGAAGAGAAUUCUGCUCCAUUUGAUUGGAAUUCCAUCUUCAAGUCAAAAUGAGAAACAAUUACGGUCUAUUAUCAAGAAUGCACCGCCUUAACUGACUGCCGGGAAAGAUUGUUUAUCAGAUGGUCAGCCUGGUCAAGUGUGAGGCAACCAGUUGAUUCAAUCAGCCAAUUUUCAAUCCAGUACCAAGUUUGAGGUCACAGCACUGGAAAAUGCCUCGAUGAAGGCCUGGACAAUUCAGUGUGGUUCUUUGUCUCAGUUUCUGGUGCCACACUGGAUUUCUCACAGCCUGAGCCACAAGACUUUGACUCUGCUCUUGCAGUCACAAGUGUGGAAGUUUUAUGUUUGUACAUACUGUACUAUCUUACUAGCUUUUUUUUGGUAACCAUACUUUUGGCACAUUUGUGUGGGCCUAGCAAAUAAUAUUACUGCCCUUUGUCUGGUGGUGUUUAUACAUUAAAUAUCGAACUAAAGCAGCCACUGUGUCACAAAAGUGGCAUCAUGUGAUGACAAGGUCUAAUAAAAGCAUCUUGUAAUGCUCUG